UAUUGUUCAGAUCAUUCUAAUAUCAUGCUAUUGCUUAUAUGUGAACUUUAGUAUAAAAUAUCAAAUGAAAAUGGUUGAAAAAUAAUUACAAAAUGCACCAAGUCAAGCAGCAUGAAUAACUUUGGGGUACAGUCGUUUUUACAAGGCCAUAACUUCACAAAGCCAUAUGCAAGACCCCCUGCCAUUGGAGAAGAAAAUGAGGUCACAUCUGUUGAUGGACGUAUGUCAACACAUAGCAGUGUGAGUGGGAAAUCCGAACUGUCGACUGCAACACCCAGGCGAACUGACAUAGAUCUUGGAUUUGAACCAGAAGGAAGCGCUUCACCUCUUCCUACUUGUGAUCGAUGGAGAUCAUCACUUCACAAUAUGUUGGAAGAUAGCGAAGGAAUUAGAUUAUUCAAAAUAUUUCUUGCUGAUAGCAAAAGACAAGAAUUAUUAAAUUGUUGGUUAGCUUGUAAAGGAUUCAGAGACUUUGGUACAAAAAAUAAUUAUUCAAAUAAUUCUUCGGCUGCUUCAUCAACAACGGGACCUUUGACAGCCCAAAGAACUCAGUUUGAUGCUGUAACUAGAGGAAAACUUGCAAAGACGAUUUUCAAUACUUACUUGAAGAAAGAUAAAUGCCAUGCAGUGUCAAGUAUCAUAAGAGAUGCGACACGACAGUAUAUUUGCAAACAAAUAAAGAAUGCAUUGCAGGCGCAGAAAAAUAUGUCUUGUUCUGUUGAACUAGACGCUUCUCUGUUCGACCAAGCUCAAAACGAAAUUGAAUCUAAUAUUGAAGAAAAUUCAUAUAUUUCAUUCUUAAAAAGCGAACUUUUUCAAAAUUAUGCUGCACAAUGUGAAAAUAAACCCAGUAAACAAAGCCCUCAAAAUGCAUCUACACUUCAUCAUUCCGAAAACAAGAGUGCACCAUCGAAUGCUCCUCAAGCUGCUCCAACUGAAUUGACGGUACCUGAGGGCAGAUAUGGAUAUUUACCAAGACUGGAUGAGAAUCGAGAAUGGUCUUUGCCACCUGUCCAACCAAAGAACAAUCCUGCUUAUCCUUAUAUUGCUGCUCCUGGUGCCACGAAAUACUAUGUACCUCCUGCUUCUGCAAAUGCUAGCGACAAUGCCUCAUCUGAUGCUACUUCAGACUCUUUAUCCAUGACUGAUGGAAGUGUCGAUCUUGACGGAAGUUCUGCGUAUUCAUCAAAGAAAAAUAAAAAAAGAAUGAUGAGAUUUCAACUCCGUAAAAAUCCAAUGAUACAUUAUCCACCUGAGUUUGUGCCACUGAACAGAAGGUGUCAUUACAAGCAAAAUCAGGCUACACUUGCCACUGAAAAGCCUAAAGAAUUUUUUGCACAGUUAAAAGAAAAACUGGAGAAAGUUGAGGAAGAACAGAGAAGAAGGGAAGUAUUAGAAGCAGCAAAUGCGGACAAUGUUGAAGAUAUUUUAGACAGUCACAUCGAACGAGUAAUGAAAACUCCAAUCGCUGUUAAUAGCCCCCAUAGGAAUGAGUCCCCACCUCCCGCAGUCGCUGCCCAAAUGAGACAACGCUCUGCUAACUAUCAAACAAUAAAUUUUCCACAAGAUGUACCUUUGGACAGUAAAAUUCAUCAACGUGGUUAUCCUAAAGAUGAAUUUGAGGUUUUGUCACAGUCUGACAGAGUUCCAGCCAUAGAACAUCCUGGUAUGCUACAGAAGAAGAAUGAUACUCUUAAGAGAAGAAAAGAGGUUGCAGUUGGAAUGGCACCUAAUGAAGUUCCAGAUGUUUUAGAAGUUCCUGCACAACCUGUUGAUAAGAACUUCAUGAUUUCCCUAUGGGUGAAAGAUUCGUCGAACGCCAACCAAAUACCACCUCAAGAACCCAAUUCUGUACCGCGAAGAGGCAGUGUUUCAAGGCAAAACCAUGCACAUCAUCGUUACAUAAAUCGAGGAAGCAGUUUCCCAAUUCACAGUCUGCAGUCUGUUGUCACAAACAGAGCAAAUCAGUUUCAAAUGCAGCCAUUGCAGCCUAUAUCGCAAGACCAAAUGAUGCCUCCGUUAGAGCAACCAGAUGCCAACACGACGAUCGAAGAAGUGAAACGGCGUUUAAUACAAGAAACAGAACAGGGGGAACCUAUGCAUGGACUCAGUUUGGGUAACAAAAGUGGCCUGCACCAAGUUAACCAAUACCCUUCGUCAUUCAGUGGAUCUGUAAUGGGGCCUUCUUUACUUGGAUCAGCUCGUAAACAGAGGGACACUGAAACGAGAUACCCUAAUCAAGGGAUGCCGCAUUAUAACUAUGCCCAGAGUUCAUCAUCAUCUGGGGCUGCACAUUGCAUUCCUCCCAAGCUUCUGCAGCAAAGUCUCAAAGCGGGAAAACAAUAUGUAUUUUCCAUGCCUCACGAAGAGAUGGCAUAUAAAAUACAAAUACCUCACAGUCCAGUAACAUUAGAACAGUUCAAAACUUAUGUAGGAAGGAAAGGAAAUUAUAAAUAUUUUUUUAAGCAAUAUUCUGAAGAAAUGAGUGGUCCUGUAUACUUUGAAGUUUCUAAAGAUAACGAUGUGCUUCCUUUAUGGGAAAAAGCUGUUGUCGCUAAAGUACAAGAGUAUGAUUUGUAAACAUUUUUAAGUUGGGAUAAACAGUCCACUGUUUGGUAAAGUGAAUACACAUUGUAUAUUUUUGAUGAAUUGUAAUUCAGUUGCUAAAAAAGAAGCUUUCAUAGCUUGGAGAAUCGUCGCAAUGGUGAAACCAAGGGUGCCCAUAUCCACCAAAAUAAUUCAGUACUCUGGGAUUCUGAUUUCAUUUUAAAUUAUCUGUAUUGGCCAAUUUUACAGCGAAGUCAUCAUAUGGUUAUUGGUUGAUAUUAGUUGUGUUAGUAAAUCCAUAUGCACUGAUGCAAGGACACUAUGGCAAGAAUGAAAAUUUCCACAUUGAGUGAAUAAUUGUGUUGUGGUGACAUGAGCGGUCAUUGUUGUCUAUUGAAGUCUCACUUCGGCCAGACGAAAUGUUACAGAAUAAAAUUUUGGACGUUUCAUGCAAGACCUCUAAAUCCCUCAAUCUAACCAUGACAUAUGUUGCCAAAUUUGUGCUUGUUAUUAUGGUGUAUCCACAAAAUUAGCUUUAAAUUUAAUUGGAAAAUAUAUUUUUCUUUAGAGCCUUAUCCUAUUAGAACUAAAUUUCUUGGACAUCCUUAAAUGAAAUGAAACACAAUGUCAGUUGGUAAAUUUUGAUCCAUUAGUUGUCAAGCUAAGUGUAUGUGAAUUGAAGUUAUUCACCAAUCUAACUCAACUCAUUAUUUUGUUAAAAAUUAUUUCAAUGCAUCUAUUUGGAAUGUGUAUCUGCUUUGCUAUUUUCAUACACAGCCUGAUGUUAUGAUUUGAUCGUGUUGAGACAAUUGUUACUGUAUAUAUUUAAGCUGUCUUAUUGGCUUUUCAGGCCAUCUUUUACCAUCACUUCAAGUUGCAAUUGGUUCCUCGAGGCAUUUCGGUGAAAGCAGAUUAAUUUGCUUUGAUGACCAGUCGAAUGAUUCUGCCCAAUUCAUAUUUUAUGUUCAUAAGUGGUGCAAUUGUUUUCAAAGUUUUAUUUAUUACUAUAUCUUUGCUUUGGCUGUCUGUUUUCUUUGUUUCUGUACUUUUGAAAAAAAAAACAUUUAUGCCUCACUAACUUUUUGGCUUAAUGUAUCCUUUACAUGCUAACUGCUGUUCGUAAAUAAUAUUCCUACAAGGUGCUAAUUUUAUGCUUAUUUCUACAUUUAUUCAAGUUACAAAAUUUUUUUUUCACGUUAUUCGGGACCAUAUGUUGUAUUUUGUGUUACUCUGUAAAAAUCUGGUAAUACUGAUUCAUUAUUAAAUUUGGAAUUGAUGAAACAUUAUACCUCCCCGAAGCUUCCAGAAGCGUUGAAUUGGCCUUUGAAAUAUUUGAUUGUGUCGAAUUAUCGUUUUUUUCUGUGUGCAUGCUCUCAGUUAAGCAUUCCAUUAGCAGUCUAAAAGCAAGAAUUAGCUCCAUGGAGAAAUAAAAUUUUAACAAUUUGAAUAGGAAUAAAAUCUUUAUUUUAAAAGAUUUUUUAAUGGUAGUUUUCGUAAUUAUUAUUCAAGCGAGAGCUGUUUUAUAAAUAUAUGAAAUUUUAGGUUUUCACAUUUUUCCCAGUCGAAUGUUUUACAUUCUAGGUGAUGUGGGAUUGGGAUGAACAAUUUAUGGAAAUAUCACAUUGUCUACGAAUUGAUCAAACUAUAAGUUCAAAGACACUUUCAAAGACCUAAAUAUGAAAGUAAAUUGCUCAUCAAUAUUGUAAAUUACCUUCCUUUAUCAAAUAACAUCAAUUCCAACAAAUAAAGUUUAUUUUCAUUGUUUUUAUGAUUGGACUGGACUCAUUGCCGGCAUCUGAAAGUAUUCGAUUCUGAUGUUUUAUCUCACCAACAGACUCACCUUCGGUCUAUUAUUGCUUCCUUGUCUGGUAAUGCCAUUUUGUGUUAUUGACUAUUUUAUGGAAUGUGUAAACAUUGCAAUGUAUAAAGAAAUAGAUACACACCUUUACCAGUGCCUCAAGUUUGUUUAAACUUAAGGACACCUUAACGACGCCAUUGCCUGUUUUUUAUUCUUUUUGUUGUUGUUCCUUUAUUUUCACCUCAGCACUUUUUAUUACAAUGAAUAACUUACAACUA